AUAUGCAAACGUCACUUGAGUUAACCUUAUAAAUUAACCUGCAUUUUCGUUUGAUCCGUAUUCAGUUUGUUUCUGUUCUCAGUUGCUGUACUGUGCUUUAUUUACACCCAAAAUGAGUGGAGAGGUUGACAAGAACCAACAUAUUUUACCCAACGAUUCUCCAGUUGUUUACUUGGAAGCUACAGCUGCCUUCAAUGGACUCACUGAGAAGGAGAAGCUUUAUGCUUACCAUCUGUCACAGGCUUCAUGGGUUGGAGGUUUAGUCACCUUGAUACAAACCAGUGCUGAAUCUGCACCACUCUUUGUUCUAUUGCACAAGCUUUUCCUUGCUCAAAAACCAGCCGAUUUGAAAGCUGGUGCUUUGAAGGCUGGUCUUACUGAAGAUGAGGUGACUGCUCUCUUAAUUUACACUGCAGGAGUAUUUAGUAAUUCUGGAAACUACAAGAGUUUUGGUGAUUCAAAAAUUAUUCCUGGAUUGGAAAAAGAUAAAUUUGAAGUUGUUCUUAAGCAAAGUCCAGUGUGGGAUGAGUUGAAAUCAAUCUGGGAGCAGCUGAACAAGAGCUUGUAUGAUUUGAGUCCUGGACGCACUGUACUUGGUUUUCCUCCCCAUGGUUGUACCACAUAUUUCUCCAAGAACUGUACUCAGGAAGAUGAUGACAAGGUGGAGAAAUGGAUGAAGAGCAAAGGAUUGGAAUGCUGGAACACGCGUUGCUUCAAAACUGAAACCGAUGGAAAGGUCGAGUACGAAAUUAGGUUGGCCGGCGAAAAUGUUGGAGAAAUCGAGAAUGAGGUCGUCGAUGGGAUUAAGUACCGUUUAGUAAAAGGAGAUUACUCUCCUCUUAUGGGAACUGUCGCUCAGCAUUUGAAGAAUGCCAUCCCGCAUACCGCCAAUCAAAACCAAUCGCAAAUGUUGGAAAAGUACGUGGGCUCCUUCGUUUCUGGAUCGCUCCAAGACCACAAAGAAGGCUCUAGGUUAUGGAUUAAAGACAAAUCACCAGCUGUAGAAACUUAUAUUGGUUUCAUCGAGACUUACAGAGAUCCAGCUGGGGUUCGCGGCGAGUUCGAAGCUUUCGUGUCCGCCGUCAACAGGCCAAUGUCUGAAAAGUUUGCCGUUCUCGUGAACAACGCUGAGAAACUACUACCUCUCUUGCCAUGGAGCAAAGGCUUCGAAAAGGAUAAAUUCCUCCGUCCAGACUUUACCUCCUUAGAUGUACUCACUUUCGCUGGAAGCGGAAUUCCAGCUGGAAUUAACAUUCCUAACUACGAUGAUAUCCGUCAAACCGAAGGAUUUAAGAACGUGUCUCUGGGUAACGUAAUCCCAGCAAGUUACCAGCAGUCCAACACUCCUUUUUUGAAUGAAGAAGACAAGAAAUUGUUGGAGAAAUACCGAGUGCCUUCGUUUGAAGUACAAGUGGGUUUGCACGAGCUUCUGGGUCACGGCUCUGGAAAGUUGUUCCGCAAGGAGAAGGACGGUUCCGUAAACUAUCCGCCUACCCUUUUGAAUCCGUUGACUGGGGAUGCGAUCUCUUCGCAUUAUGAACCUGGCGACACUUACGACAGCAAGUUCGGUCCUUUGAGUUCCGCCUACGAAGAAUGCCGCGCGGAAGCCGUUGGUCUCUAUCUUAGUUUAGAUGCUUCCGUUCUGAAGAUCUUUGGACACGAAGGAGAGCAAGAAAGCGACGAUGUCAUGUAUGUUAAUUGGUUGUCCCUUGUUUGGGCUGGAUUGAAUUCUUUGGAGAUGUGGGAUCCCAACCGUGGUUGGCUCCAAGCCCACUCACAAGCCCGUUUUGCUUUAACCAACGUUUUGAUUCAAGCUGGUGUUGUGACGGUUAGCCAACCGGCAGAUGACGAUCUGUUGAUCACUUUGGACCGUACUGGCUUUAAGGGGGCCGGUCGAAACGCCGUCGGAUACUUCCUCUUGCAGCUGCAAGUGUUGAAGGCCACCGCUAACGUUGCUGAAGCCCAGAAGCUUUUCAAGCAUUUCACCGAUGUGAAGGGACCUUGGGUCAACUAUAGGAACAUCGUUCUGGCUAAUAAGAGACCAAGGAAAAUGUUCACGCAACCUAAUAUGGUGUUGAAUGAUGAAAAAGUGACGCUGAAAAAUUACGAAUCUAGCCCAAUUGGUUUAAUUGACUCAUGGAUAGACAGAUUCAAUGACGCAGGAAAGUUGCACAGUGCCUUAUUGGAAAUUUCGAAGAAUGAUGCUCACCAUUUCUAAAUGUUUUUAUGAUUCAUCUUCGCGCGCGCUAUAGUAAGAUAUGGUUUCGCUUUUACAUUUAUGAUUUAUCCCAAACAUUUUACAUUAUAUUUUAUGUGCAAUAUAUUUAAAAUAAUAUAUAU